UGUCUCGAGCACCCGUACCCAUACACACGCGUAUUGUGGAUAAACGGACGGGGACGUGUGGUGCGGUUAUAUAGGCACGACCAAAACGGACUUACAAUCAUUUAAUAUAAUUUUACCGAGUACGACUGUAUAGUUGUGUAGGUCGUAAAUCGCAAUAAGCUGUCCUCAGAAAUGAUCGCUAGUACCGCAUUUUCCGUCAUAUUUUUAUUGGUAAUAGUUACUAAGACUAGUUCGAUGGAUUUAGCUACCGCCAAAAAAGUGUUGGCAAAGCCUUUGUACGACGCGCCUCACGCCGACAAUCAAAACUCCGUGCCCAAAAUAACCGUGUCGAUAUACUACGGAAGCUUGUGCUCGGAUUCCGUAGACUUGUUCCAAAAUCAAAUAGGACCAAACUUGUCAAAAUUUCAAAAAUAUGUCAACUUUGAUUUCGUGCCUUUCGGAAAAUCUGACAAAAAAAUAUUCGAAGGAAGAUGGUUUUUUAAAUGUCAAAACGGACUAACUGAAUGCAUGAAAACUAAAUGGCAAGCAUGUAGCAUUCAUGUACUACCGUCCAAACUGCAAUUAUUGGCUAAUUAUUUGGUCUGUUACAUGAGUUCUAAAGUUGAAACGCAUUCGGGAUAUCAAUGUACGAGAAAUAUGGGCUUGUACGAUGACUACUACGGCAAGAUAAAGAAAUGUUUUAUGAACAGAGAAUUUAGCGAUUUGUUAAUGGUUCAGUACAGCAAUCGAACACAGACUGUUUUACCACAAUCGGCUCAGAUUCCUUCUAUUGUCAUUAACGGGGUGUACAACGAAAUGGAACAAGAUGAAGCAAAAAAUAAUUUGCGGAACGUUAUAUGCAAAUAUAUACACCCUAAGCCCGUUGGAUUGUGCUAACUAAUUGAAGAAAAACUACUUUAAACAAUUUAAUACCCGUCCAGUAUAAAAAAAAAAUAAUAAAAUAACACUAUAUUAAGCGUUAUUUUAACUUUUUUUUUUUAACUCAUAGUUUAUGGUUAAAAUAUUAAUACUUACAUUGUACUACUACCUACUUUGUAAAAUGUAUAUUAUAAUUUGGUGUAUCAUCAUUUCAAAAUACAAUUUUUACGUUAUAAUAUUA